AUGAAAUCUCCCGCCGCAUCAACCGCCCGUCUGGCUCUUGCCUCCGCUCGUCGAUCCGGCCUCGCAUCCCAGCGCCGGCCCGCAGCGCCCGUCGUAGCUUCCGCCCGGUCAUGGCGGGCUCUCAGCGGACGCGCCCACAUGUCGACCGUGGUCGAGGACCUGGGAAACACGCCCUCGCCUCCCCCGCCCCCGCCAGCAGCUGCCUCCGCUUCCGUCGAGGCUGAGAGAGAAGCCAAUGCCCGCGAGAUCCUCAAGAAAGCCGUCAAUGCCACCUCUCCGCGGAACAACUGGACGAAAGAGGAAAUCGCCGCCAUCUACUACUCCCCGCUGAUGGACCUGGCUUUCCAGGCCGGCCUCGUCCACCGCCGCUUCCACAACCCCGCCGAAGUCCAGCUCUGCACCCUCAUGAACAUCAAGACCGGCGGCUGCACUGAAGACUGCAGCUACUGCGCCCAAUCCACACGCUACCAGACGGGCGUGCAAGCCCAGCGCGUCGAGCCAGUCGAGGCGGUGCUGUCGGCCGCGCGCACCGCCAAGGCAAACGGCAGCACGCGCUUCUGCAUGGGCGCCGCCUGGCGCGACAUGCGCGGCCGCAAGAACUCGCUCAAGAACAUCAAGACCAUGGUCGAAGGCGUGCGCGGCUUGGGCAUGGAGUGCUGCGUCACCCUGGGCAUGAUCGACGAGGCCCAGGCCAAGGAGCUGAAGGAGGCGGGGCUGACGGCUUACAACCACAACGUCGACACGAGCCGCGAGUUCUAUCCCUCCGUCAUCAGCACCCGCACCUACGACGAGCGCUUGCAGACGCUGUCGCAUGUGCGCGACGCCGGCAUCAACGUGUGCUCCGGCGGCAUCCUCGGCCUCGGCGAGAAGUCAAAGGACCAUAUCGGCUUGCUGCACACCGUCUCGACCCUGCCUUCGCACCCGGAGAGCUUCCCGGUCAACGCGCUUGUGCCUAUCAAGGGCACUCCGCUGGGCGAUAAGAAGCCGCUCGAGUUUACCUCCAUGCUGCGCACCAUUGCCACAGCUCGCGUCAUCAUGCCCUCGACCAUAAUCCGCAUCGCCGCCGGCCGCAAGACAAUGAGCGAGGAGAAGCAGGCCCUAUGCUUCAUGGCCGGCGCCAACGCUAUUUUUACUGGCGAGAAGAUGCUGACUACGGAGUGCAACGGUUGGGACGAGGACAGCCAGAUGUUCGGCCGCUGGGGAUUGGUGCCCAUGAAGAGUUUUGAGAAGAGCCCGCGGCCGGCGCCUGAGAUUCAGUAG